AUGCUAGAGACUGAGGAGCCAGAGGAGCCAGAAGAGGCAGAGGAGCGAGAGGAGCCAGAGGAGCCAGAGGAACCAGAAGGGCCUGAGGAUAGUCAAGACGCAUUGGGAACGCCGAAUUCGGAAGAUGUGCAAAAGGAGGUGCAGAAGGAGGUCGUUUGGGACUCGAUCUUGCCCUCAGAGCCCCAGCGAACGCCGGGCGCGCCCAAGCCGCGUGGUAGACCAAAGGCCAAGGCCGGUACCUCCAAGUCGCCCGGCCCCAAGGCCAAGGCUUCAACGCGAGCGAAGCGGACCCAACAGACACCGGCGAAAAACAAGAAAGCGAAGACGAGCUCUGGAGAAGCCGCGCCCAAAGAGAUCAUGAGUGAGGUGGACAAGGCGAAGUGCGAGCGGCUGCUGAAGGCUGGGAUCAGAAUUUUGACAGCAAGCUCAAUUUAA